AUGGCCACAAUUACCUCGGCAUUUCCCUCCAAAGUCUCGGAUGAUUCACUGCAGGCCGGAUCACGCUCAAACUCCUUCUCUACCAACCCCAAUACACAUCCAGUGAUCGCGUCUAAACUUUCUGAAUUAUCCUCCUCCGCAGAUCCCUUCGGGUCAUCAUUUUCUUCCAAUUUAUCCUGUGAAUCGUAACUUUCAUUAAGCUC